ACGCAGUUUUGAGUUUGGCUUUUUAGGAUGUUUUCGAAUUACGAAAGUUUAUUUAACUAAAACUAUGGGCGAGAAUCAACAAAGCAGGUUUGAAAAAUCGCUGGGACUUUUAACUACUAAGUUUGUAAAUUUACUGCAAAAAUCCACCGGUGGUGUCCUAGAUUUGAAAUUGGCAGCAGAUUUACUAGCCGUUAGACAAAAACGCAGAAUAUACGAUAUAACUAAUGUACUGGAAGGCAUCGGUUUGAUAGAGAAGAAAAGUAAAAACAGUAUUCAAUGGAAACCGUACACUUAUAAAGACUGUUUACCAGGGGCCAACACCCAAGAGUUUUCAUUAAAAGUAGCCCAGUUAAAAAGGGAACUAUCGAAGUUGAGCGAAUACGAGCACGAGUUAGAUUUACAUCGGUUAUGGAUCGAACAAAGUAUACGAAAUACUACGGAAGACCUAGAGACCAAAAACUAUUUAUAUGUGACUAACGAAGACUUUUCAAGUUGCUAUGAGGACAAUGACACAGUCAUCGUUGUAAAUACACCCGUAAAUAAUACUAACGUAAAAUAUCAGAACUCUGAAGAUAGUUAUCAAUUAAAGAUUAAAUCGUCUGGGGCCCCGAUAGUAGCCAAUUUAUUAACGGAAUCGACGGAAACCGAAGAGAGUAGAAUUAAUAGAAAACGAACAUAUACAAUUAAAAGAGAAACUGAGGAGCCUGAAAGGAAGCGGCGGUUUUUAAUCAAUUCUGAAGAAGAUCCUGAACUUGUGGCUGCCGAAAUAUUAUUCAGGAAAGUGUCUAGUGAUAGUUACCAGACCGAUGUGAUAUCAGAUUUUUCAGAUCCGUUUUUGCGAUUGAGUCCCUUGCCCUUAAAUCAAGACUAUUCCUUCGGUCUUCUGGAAACGGAAGGGGCUAGUGAUCUUUUUGAUAUAGCAUCUGUAACUACAUGAAUUAACAUAAAUUUAUAACGACUCAUUGUUAAAAUUUUCUAACAUAGGAUUAUACAAUAUUUUUUUAUAUAUAUAUUUUUAGGCUCUAAUUAUUUUUUUUAAUGUAUCAUCCCAUUUGUUAUAUCUACAUAUUGAAACUGUUUUAGUUAACUGCUGAAAUUUAUUAUUGAAAAUGUAAAAUAGUUUAGUAAACAGAAUGGAAUUGUU